UGUAGUCCGGCCGGACGGUGCCAUGGCCACCAAGCGUCGCGGAGCGGCGGCGGCGCCGGGGGCGAAGCGCGGAAGGCGCGAGGCGCGCGCAGAGCUCCGGGCGGCUCUCGGGGACGCGGAGCUGCGGGAGCGCGCGGGGGCGGCCUGGGCCCGCGCGGAGCGGCUCCGGCACGAAGCGGUGGUGCUGGAGCCGGCCCCGUUCCGGCAUGGCAUCAUUCCCGGUUUCCUGGCGGGCCCGGCMUUCGCGGAGGCUCUGCGGGAUGAACUGCUGGGCCUCGGCUUCCGCGGGCGGCGCAACGAUCUCCUCUCGCUGCAGCAGUCCGAGGAGCUGGGGGCAAGCCCGGAGCCCCACGUCGCCGCCCUGAGGCAUGCUCUGUGUGAAGAAUUCCGAGUGUGGCUUUCUGCUGUGACCCAGAUAGAGCUGGAGCCAACUAUUGACAUCUCCUGUGCUAAAUAUGAAUAUACUGAUGUCUUGCUGUGCCAUGAUGAUGAGCUGGAAGGUCGGAGAAUCGCYUUCAUCCUGUACCUCGUCCCACCCUGGGACAAAAGUGAUGGAGGAACGCUGGACCUGUACAGCACAGAUGAACACUUUCARCCACAGCAAAUCACCAAGUCAUUAGUGCCUUCAUGGAACACGUUGGUUUUCUUUGAAGUGUCUCCAGUCUCUUUUCACCAGGUGUCAGAAGUGCUGUCGCAGAAGUGCCGCCUGUCAGUGAGCGGUUGGUUCCACGGCCCGUCUGUGGCCAGACCUGCACGGCACACUGAAACCCCCUUGGCCAGGAGCACACACAUCCCCUAUGAUCAUGAAAUAUUGUAUGAAUGGAUCAAUCUAGUUUAUUUGGACAUGGACUCCCAAGCUCAGAUCCAGGAGGAAUUUGAGGAGCGAUCAGAAAUUCUYCUGAAAGAUUUUCUUAAGAAAGAGAAAUACCAACUACUCUGUGAAGCAUUGGAGAGCAAAGAGAUCCAGUGGAAUAGUCGGGGGCCAGCCAAUAAAAGACUCUAUGAGGCAGCAGAGGAAGAUAGCCUUGCUGACAUAUUGAAGAAAUUCCUGCAGCUGUUGCGGUCUGAGGCCUUUUUUUUACUGCUUUCCAACUUCACCGGCCUAAAACUGCACUUCUUGGCUCCCUCUGAUGAGGAUGAAGAUGCUGGGGAAGGACAAGCAGCAAACACCACUGGGCACAGCAGUCCCAAACCUGAGCAGGAAGAGACUGAACAACCUGCUAAUGGCAAUCCUGAUCAGCCACACCAGACUGACAACACCCCUGAAGCACAAGAUGGAGAGACGCAGAAUGGCUCAGGCACCCCUGUGUGUGGGGGGGAGCUGCGACGCUGGACCCACGGGCACUACACUCUUGUCCACGACUCGCAAGCAACAGAAUUUGCUCUCGACUUGUUGUUCUUCUGUGGUUGUGAAGACUGGGAUCCUGAAUACGGUGGCUUUACUUCCUACAUUGCUAAAGGUGAAGAUGAAGAGCUGUUGACAGUGAAUCCAGAGGAUAACUGCUUGGCCUUAAUUUAUAGAGACAAAGAAACUAUGAAGUUUGUGAAAUACAUCAACCAUCGAAGCUUGGCACGCCUGAACAAGCAUCCAAAUAGAACAGGAUUUUGGGAUUUUUCUUUUGUCUAUUAUGAAUGAUGGUGCAGUGUGACCAGUGUCUCAGAGAACAGUGGUGGGUGGUGGGCAGGUUCCUCCUACCCACAUGUUCAUCUCUGAUCUAGCUUAGACAAACUUUGCUGAUGCAGCUCCCUCACCCUUCAUAAUGUGGGGGCAGGUGGCUUUUUUUAACUGCACAARUGGAAAUUCAGUCUUCUCCUGAGUCCAUUGCAACACACUCUCUGAACUGCUUUUAAUGCACURUGGGUGGGGUUGUCAUACAACUGUCAGCUUUCCAGCUGUUCUUUCAGGGGAGCAGCACAGGGGCAUCUCUGACCUGUCAGAGUGAGCAUUACAACUGURCAUUGCCCCAAGCUGAUGACUGAUUUUAUUAAAAACAAAAAAAAAGGAAAUGGGUCAGUUAAAUGCUUCAUUCACUGGUCAGGCAAGUUUUGUUACAAAAUGGCCAAGACACUUUCUGGGGCUUAAMUGUGUUCCUGUUUGUAGAGACAAAAAUAAAGGAGCUGCCGUGGGAAAUAUGAGGUUUUUCCAGCUGCACAACUCUCUGGAGUUGGGAAGGAAGACAGUCAGGCUAURAAGCUAUUGGCAUGGCGAAAGACUUGGCACUGUAACAAGGAUGAGGACUUUAUUAUGCUAAAUGCUGUGCAGACAGACCUAGAUACAGCCCUUUUUCCAAAGAAUUUACAAACUAAACAGCCAAGAAGAAACCUGCUCCUGAACACUUUCCUUGGGUGUGUGUGCAGACAGGUCCCAGCYCCAGCCUCAGAACAGGGGCCAGGGACUGGCAGCAGGAAUGGGGCAACUUACCUUUUACUGUCUUGGCAUCCACAGGUGGUGGGAAGGUCACCAACACCACGGCCUCAUAUCCUUUCAGUUAUGUCCUGGGAUCUGCUGGGUUUUAACAUGGCUUCUGUCACUGGAAGAUUAGAUCUUUUGAGGCAGCAGCCAGCCACGUUCUGGGGUAAACACUGCAAGAAAGGCAGUGAACAUGUCCUUGGUGCAACACCUCCCUGCRCAUUUUCAGUACUGUGCACCUGCCCUACAUUGACUGCAAGCAGGACUCUGACAGACUCAGCUCUGAGGUGUGCAGCCCACCACAAGGUGUAGCAGAGCUAUACUGAUGCUUCAGGAGACAGCCAGAGUGCAGAACACUGCUGGAGCCUCGGCCCUGGCCUGCACCUGCUUGCCUGAAAUUUCUUUUUGGCACUGAGACACAGGUGUUCUUUCACCUCAUUCRCGCCAGACAGUGCAGGCCAUGAGCUUGCAGUAAGCUGCAGAGUGCAUGUUUCAUCCCUCACUCCUGGAUGGGGAGAGGGUAGCUUUGGAUUAAAGUCUCUUCUUCCAGUUCCAGGCCUGUUGUUGGAGGCCAUCAAAGUGUUGCAAGACCACAGCUGKCAGCAGAAGAGCAGUAAGCUCAAAGCAAGGCUCACUGUUGAUAUGAGUACCCUGCACGUUUUCUGGAGCAAAUGGGAUGUCCUGUGGGCAUAUCUUCAUGAAGAUACAAGAGCAACAACUUUCACUUUCAAUCCCCAUACACAAAGUUCAAAAAAGGAACCCCUGCCAUAGCUUCCAAAGGGAAAGGUAUCUCAGCCCCYGCAGGUGCCAGAGCACAGAGCCAACACUGCUGUUUAGAGAGCWCUGUGCAGGACUGUCUAACUCCAGUGUCAGUUCCAUCCCAGRUGAGGAGCAGCUGCUCAGUUCCAGCUACUCCCUUGUGCUCUGUUGGGCGGGAAGGACGGCUGAGAGGUGGUUGCCCCAAGCUGGUGUUGCAAGAUCUUGUUCAUAUUCUGACUCGUUUCCCUAAGCCAGCAUCUCUCUGCUCUGCCAAAACUGUCUUGCUAAGUUUUAAUCUUUGUUAGUUGCAUACACAGACAAGAGCAUGAAGCUACAAACAAAUCCUGGAGUGAGGACAGAACUCCAUGAAUCGUGAUUUCUGAGGCACUCUGCUGCGUAUCAGGACAGCAGCCCUUCCUAGGAAGAAAGUAGUUCUUAUUCUGAGCUCUCCACUAGAAUGAGACAAGUAAUGAAGGUUUCAAAGAAAAAAAAAUAUUUGGGUAGUUUGGAACAAAAGUGGCAGCAUUGUCUGCUAGCCAAAGUUGGGAAUAAAUUCAUUAACAAAACAAAGUUACCUCUUUGACUGCAUUGUGAGCCUAGGAAUGUGCGUGGUAGAUCUUGAACUGCCUUCCAGGAGACUGGGAAGAAGUUGGGCGCUCUAGAGCUUGCUGCUUUUUAAUAAUAAGUAUUACACUAGAGGGCAUACCAGCUUCUGCUUGAGCAAGCCCUAUCUACCUGAUCACUCAAGGAACCACCCUUCUUCCUCUGGUGACUCAGAUGAAGUAAUUUAAGAAGCCAAAUUUGCAGUUAGCUUUCAAAGGUCUAAAAAUGAACAUGUCUCUGCUCUCCCACCCUUCUUGUUAGGACCUAACGCCACAGGCAGCCCCAGGCGUGGCUGGUGCUGCAGGUACAGGGGGAAGACUUCACUYACCAAAAUUGCAAAUGACAUGAGCUACUGGAGGAAGAGGGGCCUUCAUUUAUACAAUGCCAGUAAUGGGAAUGUUCUCUAUAGAGACUCUUGCUGGAUACCAAUCUCUAUUUACAAUUAGAUGGAGCUGCUUGCGAAGUAUGUGCAYUUUUCAUUUGGCAAAGGUAAAAGUUUGUUUUACAGGAAAAUAAUUUACAGAUUUGUUGUCAGAAACUUAGAGAAGGGAAAUCAGCCUUACCAGAGGUCUGGACAGUGAGUGAAGGACUGAUGUCCCUGCCAGGACCAGAACAGAGCUGGGACUGGUAGUGCCUGGUGUGUAGUCCUGAAAACUGGCUGAUGGGAAAGCUGCUUUCUGAUCAGAGCCACUCUCUUGCUCUUAUUAUUAAAUGGAGUACAUAAAUGUAAGCAAGCAAGCAUCAGGUUUUUGAACAUAAAGAACAAGAGGUUGAAACAGUGGGAACAGGUAAAGCAAGUGGCAGAAAGCCCAGCACUUAUGCCAGGAGACUGUUCCAUAAUCAAGUCUCUGAGCUCACUUGCUUAGAACAGCAUGGGUGGCUCACCACCCUUCUUCCAAGCAGCUGGAUUUGAUUAAUAACCAGUUUCUUAAAAGAAUUCAAAUGAGCUCCUGCUGCACAUUCUAACUGUCAGAAAGCUGUGCUUUCAGCAGCUCACUUUUCUAUAUGGAAGGGGCCAAAGCAGAGGCAAGGGGCAGUUUUGGGGAUAAAAUACAUUACAAGAAUUACGUUCCCCGUUCAACAGCUCACAAUGGCUCUGUAGCAAAGGGAAGGUUGCUGGUUUUAAUUCAGUAGUGGGCUGUAAGAGAGACCAGUUAGAGGACAUGACUCCUGACAGCCCCAAGAAGCCACCAAAGAACUUCGAGAUGGACUGACUCCUCCCCACCCACGUCAUAAACACCAUCCUACAGUGGCACGGGUGCUGCUGGUGCAGGAGCACUGGGACCCAACCUCCAUCUGGUGCAGGUUAUUUUUAGCUUCCAAAAGAAAAUUUGCUUUGGCAAAGGUUCUAAAAUACGUUUAGAUCUGAGAUAGAGCCCUACUGUAAUAUUUUAAUCCAAUUCUAAGAGAUCACACAGUUAAACAGGUUUGAGCUAGGAGCCAAGUCAUUUUUCAAUACCUUCUUCUUUUGAUCCCAUUAAGUACCACCAGCUCAUCAUGAUUAUGCACCAAGCUUGGGUGUGUAGUUUGUUUUUGUUGUUCCUGAAAUAAACCCUUGCCCACCUCAGUAUCUGCAGUUUUUCCAGCAGUAGCACGAAACCAGUACCUGGAAGCAAAACUUCCUGCAACCCAGGUGUGGGGGAAGAGUGUUGGAUAUGAAACAGACCACUUCCUACCUGCAGAUUAUGGACCUGGAUGCCUGUCAGAGAUCUGGCUUCAGAGCCAGCAAGAUGCUAUCCCUUUGGUGGUUUUCAUACACUGCACUGCAGUUUACCUAGAGAGCCACACACCGCUGCAGUGAAACCCAGGAUUCUCCAGCACAGGAAGUUCAAGUGUAAAGAGACUCCCCAGCAGAAACCAGUAAAGUUGUUCAGGUUGGGUUUUUUUAACAAAUAAAUUUAGCAGUA